CGCGCACAUACACUGCUGAUGUCAGACUCCAGUCAUGUCGACCCUCCUCAGGAUCAACGAUACCAUCAUGUUCAUGGCGUUUCUUCAGAGCCCUAACUGAUGAUGGAUCUGUUCAGCAGAGGAGAGCUGGGGCUGCUGGGAGGAGGAGAGGGCCUCAGAGAUGAUGUGGCUGCGCAUGGCAUCCGCUGGUCACCCAGUCGUCUGCCAGAAGACAUGUAUCCGCCGUCUGGAUUGGCCCUGGCUGCUGCCUACCAUGACAUCAAGGUCCGACUAGCCAGUCUGGAGAGGGAGAACAGUAGCAUUAAAAGGAAACUCGAACACUACGAAGUCAAGUUCCCUAUGAUUACUGAGUUUGGAGAGGAGACAAUACUGUGUUGUUCCUGUGAGCCUAUCAUCAAAGAUACCAGCACUAUCCAGUCACAGACCACCAACCUACAACAGAGGAUCAACUCCCUCACUCAGGAGCUCCAAAAGAGCAAAGAGAGAGAAGAGAGACUGGAAGAAGUCAUCCAAGCUUACGAGAAGAUUCACCUGGAGAAAAGCAAUGUCCAGAGAGACCUAGACAAAAUGACAACUCUAGUGGAGCAGCACGUGGACAGGAUCCGCAUCCUCGAAUCAGCUCUCAGGCAGAGAGAUAGUUCCCUGCAGAAACUCAGCACUGAGCUGCACAGCAAAGACUUACAUAAGUCUCAACUCCAUGCCAGUCUAGACAUACCGAGAGAUGGUCCAGGGCCGACACUGCAGAGCUCCUGCAGUCUGGAUGCCCUUUUGGACCUGAAGGUGCAGCAGCUGGAGGCUGAGCUGGAGGGUGCGCAGAACCAGGCUGAGGGGGCUUUUCAGAGAGAGAAGGCAAUGAGGGCUGAGGUCCAGAGGCUGCAGCACGAGGUAGCAAAGCUGCGGGAAACACAAAGACAGUCACAGGACCUGUCUUCUCACUGUGAACACUGUGACGUAGAAUGGAUAAAGAAAGCCGGCGAUGAACAGGUUAACCUGGCAUUAGCUUACACGGAGCUCACAGAGGAGCUGGGUCAUGUUCGCUGUCUGGCUGCAAAGCAGAGUGACCUUCUGCAGCAUGUCUCACAGGAGCCUGCUCCUCAGCAUCUCUCUCCAACCUCUUCCCAGCGUGCCUCACUCUCCCCUGACAGACUCCUCCCCACUCCCCCAUCUCCUAUGUCCUCAACUGAAGGGUCCAUCUCCUAUUCUCAUCAGCAGACUAGCAGCCGCCUACGAGCUAAGUUCCAGGGUCGCCGAAGUUACUCAGAGGUAUCUGACACAUCAGUCAACCAAAAGCCCCCAGUUCACCUGUUAAGGGACCCAGUAUCUACGCUUCCCAAACCCAGGCACGUCCAUGGGGACAUGCAGGCUUACAGCCAAACCAAAAGUCAGCUCUGUACCUCACUGGUGGGUUUGGUCAGACCAGCAUCAGCUCAUGGAGCUGGAGUGGAGAGAGGAGGAGGAAGGGGCGUAGAAAGGUGUGGUGACAGCAGCCUGAGCAGCAGUCCUCGUCACUGUGUUCUCGACCUGGACUUUCCUGUGGCUGCUGAGGUUCACCACUUCUGUCACACUGACGAGCCAACUGAACCCACGCCACUGGUAACACCACCUCAGUCUUCAGAUGAUGAAGAGGACGUAUGCACAUAUCCAUCGCCCGCUGCCAGCCCACCUCAUACUCUUGGUGCUGUUGGGACUGGUUCAUCGUCACCUAGGGAACAGCCCAUUCACUCCUCUUUCCAGUCUCCAAGGAAACAGCCCCACCAUCCCUCUUUCUCAGCCCUUGAGGGCCCUACCAUGCUCUCAUGCCAUCUGCCUCCCUACGUGAACACUGAGCAUGCUCAGUCAUGGCCAUCUAUUAAUUUAUGGAUGGAAUCGGAAGAGAAUGCUGCUCGGAGCUGCCCUCUGUGCCAGUUGACCUUCCCAACCAGUUACCCUGAUGAUGCCCUCAUCAAACACAUUGACUCUCACUUGGAGAACAGCAAGAUCUGACCUUUCAUUUUUAUUUAAAAAAUAAUUGUAAGCUCACUUUUCACCAGAGAUGGACAUAAAGGUUAUUUUUGAUUGAUUCUUGGUUUGAUCCAGGAACGGUUUGAGUAGCCUGCAUGAGUCUUUUGCAUCGCUCCAACCUUUGUAUGGCCAUUACCCAUCUCACUGAAGUGGAUAGUCCAAUCUAAUUGUGAAAUCAAAGCGUUCACAGCCCACGAUUUCCUUUUCAGUAAACACACAUGGAUUGCAUAUUAUUUUUCAUCAAGCACUAUAGGUUUUCUUUCAUUCAGAACCAAACUAACAUUUGUACAUUUUAGAAAUGAUAUGUUAUAGUUGGAACCACUGCAACUGGCACUCUUUUUGCAGUGCCGCAUGUGCUGGUCUGAAAGCAGUCCUGGAAACAGAAGACAAUUCAAUGACGAGUUUGCAAAGAAAAGUGUCUGGACUUCUUUGAGUUGCUUGAAGACGUUGCACCUCUCAUCCGAGAAGCUUCUUCAGUUCUAAGGUCAAAUGGCCGAGAGUCCCAGAUUUAAACCCAGUGGGAGUUUCCCCCCAAAGAGGGACAAAGGACCCCCUGGUGAUCCUCUAAUCACAUGAGCCAAGGUGUGAAAGCGGGUGUGGGACCUAAUCAGCCAGGGUUUCGGGUGAGCUCAUUGUUAAACCUGGCCCCACCUUGUCGUGUGAAUUCCUGAGGUCAGAUGGCCCAGGAUGUGAGUGGGCGUUAAGGCGUCUGGGGAGGGAACUCAAAACUGGAUUAUAGAUGGCAGACAGUUGGUGUCGUAAACCACCGCCUCUGUUCAAAGAUGGUCGCUCACAGUGGACAUAGAUGGCCUCUUUCACUCCUCUUUCAAACCAUCUGUCCUCUCUGUCCAAAAUGUGAACAUUGGCAUCCUCGAAAGAGUGACCUUUGACCUUUAGAUGCAGAUGGACUGCUGAGUCUUGUCCUGUGGAGGUGGCUGAUUAGGUCCCACACCCGCUUUCACACCUUGGCUCAUGUGAUUAGAGGAUCACCAGGGGGUCCUUUGUCCCUCUUUGGGGGGAAACUCCCACUGGGUUUAAAUCUGGGACUCUCGGCCAUUUGACCUUAGAACUGAAGAAGCUUCUCGGAUGAGAGGUGAAACGUCUUCAAGCAACUCAAAGAAGUCCAGACGCUUUUCUUUGCAAACUCCUUUGACUACGAUGACCUGGAUGACUGAGAACCUUCACAGACAAGACAAUUCAAUGUUGUAGAGGAUCAAGUCGGCAGUUUGAAAAUAUACAAACCUUCCUGAGGUCCAGUGUGCAAAUUUAGACCCGUAGAACCAUGGUAGCCACAUUAACCCUUUAAAAUUCUCUGUAAGAAAAUAAUGAUAGAACUAUUAUUUCUUAGCACUUUUUAUUUACCAUGGGCAAUAAUAACAUUAAUCAGUAAUUUGUUUUUAAAUAAAUCUUGCAUGUUUUAAUAUUGGCUUAAAACACACUUAAAAAUACAAAUAAAUACAGAUUUUUUUAUUAAAUGAUUCAGGCUUGUGAUUUUAGCUCUAUUUUAUUUUAUUUUUUUAACUUUUUAAACUAAAAAUGUGAUUACAAACCAUGUAAUGAUGUAUUGCUAGAAACAUGUUUACCAGCAUAUGUGAGAUUGUUAACAUGGGACAAACCAUCCUCUCCCCGGCCACCUCCUCCAGUUUGUCCGGUUCAACACCAAGGCAUUCCCAGGUCAGCCGAGAGAUAUCUCUCCAGCGUGUUCUGGGCCUCCUCCCGGUGGGACAUGCCUGGAACACCUCACCCAGGAGGGGUCCAGGAGGCAUCCUUGUCAGAUGUCUGAACCACCUCAACUGGCUCCUUUCAAUGUGGAGGAGCAGCGGCUCUACUCUGAGCCCCUCCCGGAUGGCCGAACUUCUCACCCUAUCUCUAAGGGAGAGGCCAGCCACCCUUUGGAGGAAGCUCAUUUCUGCUGCUUGUAUCCACGAUCUCAUUCUUUCGGUCACUACCCACAGCUCGUGACAAUUGGUGAAGGUAGGGACGUAGAUCAACUGUUAAACUGAGAGCUUCGCGUUCACACUCAGCUCUCUUCACCACAACAGACCAGUACAGCGUCCGCAUCGCUGUAGCCACAGCACCAAUCCAUGUGACCAUGGGAUUACUAUUACCUAAACUGUCAUGAUUUUUACUUAUUUGUUUGUUUGUUUUUUUUACCAAACUUAGGAUACUUAAUUACUUAAAAAUAAUGUUGAUGACAUUAUUAUUACUAUUAUUAUUAUUAUUAUUAUUAUUAUUACAGUUAUUAUAUCCUUGAAAUAAGGAGCCUCAUAUACCAUGUAUUUAUUGGUCCUAAGAUAAUAAUUUUGUUUCAAACUUUCAUGAAGGAAUUUCAAGUUUUUAAACUUCCGCUUUAAAAAAAAAAAAAAAAAAAUCAUGCUCUACCAGCUGCUUGGUAGAACUUGAAAAAGUUUUUUUUUCUUUUUUUCUAUCAACUUAGAUAAUUAGGUAGGACCUAAAAAAAAAGUCUACUUGAGUGUCAUGCCUGGACUGAGCAACAACGUCUGUGUCGGAAAAGAAAGGCCCAAAACUAUAGCCUGUCAGCUGAAGCUUCAAAUUGAGGUGUCCAAAAAGCAAUGGGUGGCUACAUCCGUGUUUUAUAUGAAGUUUUAUAUGAAGAGGAUGCCCCUGGAUAUUCAGAUAGCACAGAUGUCCUUUAAGUGGGGACUGGAGGCUGUCUCCAAAGGCGAGUCAAUGUGCAUGUUUAAGUGUCCAUAUCAAGCAAAUAAAUGUAU